GGAUGUGGCGGGAAAGUGACAAUUUUGCAAAUUCCACUUCUUAGCUGAGAAGAUACUUUUGCUUCUGAUGAUGUUACCGAGUUUGGUAAUAAAACGUCUGCCAAAAAACCCAACCAAGCUCAGAAAGCACCGAGGACCCCACAGUUCAACCCUGAGCUACAAAUAUUCUCUUCUAUUGGAAAUAAGUGUUUUUGGCAAAACCUUUGUACUGUAAAAUACAGUCACAUGACUGUAUUAUGCCGCAAAUGGUCGUAUAAUGUGGGUGUGUUGCCAAGCAUCCUGGGUGCAGUCAUGGCACUGUGGGAAGGAGAUGAUCAUGGGAACUUUGGAUCGGGGUUGUAAGUCCCCUUUUUCAAGUUGCGCUCUGCUCCCGUGGCCAUCCGAUUUGUGACGAACACGACAAAGGAAUGCAAGCAAGACUUGGUGGAGAGGCUGAAGAAACUUGAGUUUGACAUUAAGGAAGAUGAGAUCUUCACGUCCCUGACGGCAGCCCGAAAUUUGUUGGAGCAGAAAAAAGUCCGGCCUUUGUUGAUGGUGGAGAAAAAUGCUUUGCAUGAUUUUACAGGCAUAGACACCAGCGAUCCGAAUGCUGUAGUGGUUGGGUUGGCUCCUGACCAGUUCAACUAUCAAACUAUGAACAGAGCUUUCAGGUUGGUGCUGGACGGGGCUCCCCUCAUAGCUAUUCACAAGGCAAGGUACUACAAGAAGAAAGAUGGCCUCGCCCUCGGCCCAGGACCCUUUGUGACCGGCCUGGAGUAUGCCACUGACCAGAAGGCCACGGUGGUGGGGAAGCCAGAGCGGACAUUUUUCCUGGAGGCCUUGUGUGGGACCAACUGUGGACCUGAGGAAGCCAUCAUGAUUGGCGACGACUGCAGGGAUGACGUCGGGGGUGCCCAGAACGCUGGCAUGCUGGGAAUACUGGUGAAGACCGGGAAAUACCGAGAUGCCGACGAAGGCAAAAUUAACCCACCCCCCUACUUAACCUGCGAGAGCUUUCCCCAUGCCGUGGAACACAUCCUCCAGCAUCUGCUCUGAAGAAGCACCGCAACUUUUGAAUGUCAUCUUCCGGUGCCACAAAAUGAAAUGGCCCACAGCAUCCUUUGCAGAGCGUUCGGAUUUUCUUGGUGCAUUGUCGCUGGACUCCACCCUUUUGGGGACUGUGAUGGAAUGAAUGUUCUCACCGUAAUCAUUGCUUCCCACACCCCAAAAAGUUAUCCUGUCCAACAGGACUCUGUGUCCAACCUUCCCGUCUUGCCUUGCUCGGUUCCCGGAGGCAGAGGGGGGAAUUUGUGAGGUUGAAUAAAGAAGGAAAUAUGCGAUUCAGCCUUAUAGAGCCUCAGUUGCGCAGUGAUUAGAACGCAGUACUGCAGGCUACCUCUGUUGACUGCCGGCUGCCUGCAAUUUGGCAGUUCAAAUCUCACCAGGCUCAAGGUUGACUCAACCUUCCAUCCGUCCAAGGUGGGUAAAAUGAGGACCCAAAUUGUUGGGGGCAAUAGGCUGACUCUGUAAACCGCUUAGAGAAGGCUGUGAAGCACUAUGACGCGGUAUAUAAGUCUUAAGUGCUAUUGCUACAUACCGCUUAGAAUCACCUUGAAACGCAAGUUGGAUGGCAAAUAAAUUGGAUAAUAAUAUACAUUA